UUUCAACUUGAUGGCAUUAACUUCUUUCUGGGAAACACAAACAGCUCAAGAUGUCCCAGCAAGAGAAACAAUUAACUAAACUGGCCAAUGGAAGUGAAAAGUAUUCGAGCCUCGACUCAGGGGACCCAGUUGCGGUAUCGGAAUCAGUACCUAAGUAUACUGCAUUCACACCAAAUAGAGUGAAAUUCAUUUUAUUUUUGGUAACAAUUGCUGGUUUUUUGGGUCCAGUUUCUGGAAAUAUCUAUAUUCCAAUUUUACCUCAGCUACAAGCGGCUUUCAAAGUUUCUGCAACGACAAUAAAUGCAACAGUCUCAGUUUUCAUGGCCGUUUUUGCUUUGGCUCCAAUAUUUUGGGCUUCAUGGGCAGAUUUUGGGGGCAGAAAGACAUUGUAUUUGGUAUCUUUAAUUAUUUAUAUUGUCGCAAACAUUUUAUUAGCUGCAGUUCCUGCUAACAUUGGUGCUCUUUUCUUCUUAAGAAUCUUACAGGCGUUCGGGGUGUCAAGUGUUAUGUCAGUAGGUGCUGGGACCGUUGCCGAUGUUGUUGAACCCAAGAAUAGGGCCAAAGCUAUUUCUUACUUUAUGCUUGGUCCUCAGUUGGGACCAAUCCUCGGUCCCAUUUUAAGUCUUAUUAGUUCUAACGGUGACUGGAGAUGGAUUUUUGGAUUUCUUGCUAUCCUUGGUGCAAUUGUUUUCUUUCUCAUACUCUUUUGUUUACCAGAGACAUUAAGGUAUUUGGUUGGUGAUGGCCAAAUAUAUAGUCAAGGAUAUUUUGUUAUUCCUCGAUUAGUUCAAAAGAAGGUUAUUGAAGAGAGCCCCAAGUUUCCCCGUCCACCUAAGCCCAGUUUCAAAACUUACUGGAAUGUCGUUUCGUAUUUUCCUGUUUUACUUUGUUCCAUGAUGGGUGGCUUAUUGUUUUCUUCUUUCUAUGCCCAAAGUAUAACCUUUUCCAGAGUUUUACAAAAUCAGUAUCACUUUACUUCUUUGCAAGCAAGUUUAUCGUAUAUCUGUCCUGGUAUCUCUUUGGUUUGCGGCUCACUUAGUGGAGGUCGAAUCUCCGAUAACUUGAGACAAUAUUUAAAAAAGAAAAACCCUGACUCGUAUUUGCCAGAGUCAAGGUUGUCUUUGCAAGCUUUUGGAAUCGCUUUAUCCAUGGCUGGUAUUUUAGGUUAUGGUUGGUGCGUUGAUCAUAAAGUUCAUGUUGUCGCUGUAUUUGUAUUCACUUUUUUGAUUGGUUUUGGUAUGACAUGGGUCUUCGUAAGUAACACCACCUAUUUGACCGAGUGUUCAGCGGGUCAGCCAGCUACUUAUGUUGCAGUUGGGAACCUUAUGAGAAAUGCCGCUGCUGCAAUUUCAUCUGCCAUUAUCGAAAGAUUAAUUAAGAAAAUGGGAUUUGGUUGGUGUUUUACGGGAUUGGCAAUUGUGGAUUUACUUUGUGUCGGACUAACCAUUCUAAUUUUAUGUCGGGGGGAAGCCUGGAGACGCAAAAGAGAGUCUAAUUUGACAAGGGUAUGAGCUAUUAUUCCAACCAAAGUGGAUGAAUAAGCGAAUUGCACUCAAAACCUAAUUACUUAUGCAUGUAAAUAACAAUAGAUAGUUUAAUUUCGAGGUUGCA